UUUCCUGUGUCAUUUUCCCCCCAAAAUUCCCCACAAUCACUAACUGCUACCGCAACGAUGUCGUCGGAGGCUGCGGAGGAGAAGAAGGUGAAGGUGAGAAGUUCCGAUGGAGUGGUGUUCGAGCUGUCGCAGAUUGUGGCUCAGCAGUCGGAAACUUUAAAGCACAUGAUCGAAGACGAUUGCGCCGAGGACUGCAUUCCCCUUUCGAAGGUUACUGGAAAGAUCCUCGCAAUGGUGCUUAAUUACUGUGAGACGUGCGCCGCGGCUUCGAGUGUGAAGGAGCUCAUAAUCUUCGAUGUCGAGUUUAGGAAAGUCGACCAGGCCACUCUGUGCGACCUCAUACUGGCUGCGAACUACCUGCGUAUUCCUGACCUUCUGACUCUGACUUGCCAAGCCUUGGCGGAUUCAAUCAAGGAUAAAACUCCAGAAGAGAUUCGCGAGGCAUUUAACAUCAAGAAUGACUUUACCCCCGAGGAGGAAGAGGAUAUCCGUCGGGAGAACCAGUGGGCUUUUGAGUGAUAUGCUAUAACUCUUUCCAUUUAUGGCUGAUUCUGAGUGAUGCUGCAGAUGCUGGAUAGCUGGUUUUAAUCAUUUGUGUGAUGUGAUUCACUGAAUGUUAUAUUUCAUGAUGUUACUGUGCUUUUGUUUUUUCAUAUUGACACUAUCCUGAUUUUGUCCUUUAUUUUGGACCUUUUGGUGAUCUCUAAGCACUUGCAAUGGAAAAUAUAGUGCUUAUAGCAUAUGCUAAGCAGCUUAGAAGAUUAUAUUAGUAUAAUAGUAUAUAUAC